UGAAGUUGGAUUCACUGAAUUGUCUAUCUUUUCUCCUCCUCCUUAUAAAAGGUUCAGCUUGUGUCCUCCUCCUCCACGUUCAGACUUUCACUCCGACGCCCAUAUGCUGCCGCAUUAUUACAGUUCAGAUUCUCCUCUUCUGCGUCGCCGGAGCUUUGUUCCUUCUUCCUUCUCGCUCUUAAUUUGUAGUCUGGUUUCUUUCUAAAUCCCGAUUUCACGGAUCCCUAUAGGAAUUGAGGUCCUCACCGUCGCCGGAGCUUUGUUUCCGGUCAAACUCCUCUGGAAUCAGUGUAUACUGAGACGCACCUCUCUUCAUCGCCGGGGUCCUCUGGAUCUUCAACAAUCAACAUGGCUUACGUUUCGAGCAACAAAGAGGGAGACUCUUAUGAUGUGAGCAAUGGUGAUGCUCCGAAAACGGUUUUCGAUUUGGGUGCAUUUGUUGGGGACUUGACUGUUGAGGAGGACGCAAGCAGUGAUGAUAUAUCGUUAGAAGGACUGCAGCAAGAAUUGGAAGAAUGUAAACACGAUGAUGUAGUUGCGAACAUAUUGUCUAAAGGCACGAAACUUCGGGAGCAUACAAAGGGGGUUGAGAACAAUAUACGACAAGUUGAAUUGGACUCCAUCCAGGACUAUAUUAAAGAAAGUGAUAAUCUGGUAUCUCUUCAUGAUCAAAUUCGUGAUUGUGACAGCAUUUUGUCACAGAUGGAAACUCUUCUGAGUGGAUUUCAGUCAGAGAUUGGUUCAAUAAGUUCAGACAUCAAAAUUCUCCAGGAGAAGUCUAUGGACAUGGGUUUGAAGCUGAAGAAUCGCAAGGUGGCAGAAUCAAAAUUGGCAAAGUUUGUUGAAGAUAUUAUAGUCCCUCCAAGAAUGGUAGACAUAAUUGUUGAAGGCGAGGUGAAUGAUGAAUAUAUGAGAACUUUAGAGAUUCUAAGUAAGAAGCUCAAGUUUGUAGAAGUAGAUCUUAUGGUUAAAACUUCAAAAGCCCUAAAAGAUGUUCAGCCCGAGCUUGAAAAACUCCGACAGAAAGCAGUUUCCAAGGUGUUUGACUUCAUUGUUCAGAAGCUUUAUGCAUUGAGAAAACCUAAAACAAAUAUCCAGAUCCUUCAGCAGAAUGUUCUUUUGAAGUACAAGUACGUUGUUUCCUUCCUGAAGGAACAUGGCAAGGAGGUAUAUAUUGAGGUUCGCGGAGCAUACAUUGACACAAUGAACAAGGUUCUCAGUGCACAUUUCCGCGCUUACAUUCAAGCACUUGAGAAACUACAGUUGGAUAUAGCAACAUCUAAUGAUUUAAUUGGUGUUGAGACUAGAAACACUAGUCUCUUUUUAAGAGGAAGGGAACCACUGAAGAACCGGUCUGCUGUCUUUGCCCUUGGGGAGAGGAGAAAAAUUUUAAAGGAAAUUGAGGAACCUGCAUUGAUUCCACAUAUAGCUGAAGCCAGCAACAUCAAGUAUCCAUACGAGGUCCUCUUCAGGAGCUUGCACAAGCUACUUAUGGAUACUGCUACUUCCGAGUAUCAUUUCUGCGAUGAUUUCUUUGGUGAAGAAUCCAUAUUUUAUGAAAUUUUUGCAGGCCCAUUUUCUGUAAUUGACGAGCACUUCAAUUCAAUACUUCCAAAUUGUUACGAUGCUAUUGGGGUAAUGCUUAUGAUUCGCAUAAUACACCAGCACCAGCUAAUUAUGUCUAGGCGGCGUAUUCCAUGCUUGGACUCAUACCUUGAUAAGGUCAAUAUUGCCCUAUGGCCUCGCUUUAAGAUGUUUGACCUGCAUCUAAACAGUCUGCGGAAUGCAAAUGUGAAGACAUUGUGGGAAGAUGAUGUUCAUCCUCACUAUGUCAUGAGGCGUUAUGCUGAAUUUACAGCUUCACUUAUCCACCUCAAUGUGGAAUAUGGAGAUGGGCAGCUUGAAUUAAAUUUGGAGCGGCUGAGAAUGGCUAUUGACGACUUGCUUAUCAAGCUUGCUAAAUCAUUUCCAAAACCAAAACUACAAACUGUGUUUCUGAUAAACAAUUAUGAUAUGACGAUUGCUGUGUUGAAGGAAGCUGAUCCAGAAGGUGGUAAAAUUCAAAUGCACUUUGAGGAACUUCUGAAAAGCAACACGGCAUUAUUUGUGGAAGAACUACUACUAGAGCAUUUUGGCGAUUUAAUCAAGUUUGUUAAAACCCGAGCUUCGGAGGAUCCAAGUGCUAGUUCUGAGAGGCCUAUAACUGUUGCGGAGGUUGAGCCCCUUGUGAAGGACUUUGCAAGUAGAUGGAAAGCUGCAAUCGAACUGAUGCACAAAGACGUCAUAACUUCUUUCAGCAACUUCUUGUGUGGUAUGGAGAUCUUGAGGGCGGCAUUGACUCAGCUGUUGCUCUAUUACACUAGGCUCUCGGAUUGCAUAAAGAGGGUUGUUGGUGGGUCUGCUCUCAACAAGGAUCUAGUGUCCAUACCGUCAAUCAUGUACGAGAUUAGAAAAUACUCGAGGACUUUCUAGGUUGUUUCGGUUCAUAUGGGUUUCCUGCGUUUGGACUUUGAAGAUAAAGACAGUGACAGAGUGCUUUUCGCGGAUAAUCUGUUGCGAAAUUUCGUGAUUGCUUUUGAAUCUUUGGUUUUGUCACCAAGACGCCAUUGUUGUAGACUAGUAGGUCGUGAUGGUAAUUUACUUACUGUUAUUAUUGAGCUGAAGAGGGGAGCCAUAAUCAGGAGAGAUUCUCUCAUGCAACCAAGAUUUAAUACCAGUUAUAUUGUCGUAUAAUAAAUGUUUGCCAUGUUCGGUGACAUGAGAAAAUCUCUCCGUAAUCCGAGGGGCGUUCAGACUGCUCAAGUUCAACAAUGACUUCGUUAGUCGCCACCAGCCAGAAAGGUCAUGUUGAGCUUAUUUCAAGGGUUAGACACGAAUUUCUUCUUAGUACAUUUUGCACGUCAAAAUUAAGUCUUUGUUUGGUAUUUAGGAUUGAAUUGUACGUUGAAGGGAGAUGGUAGGAUCUGGUAAAGCAGAAGAAGAAAUUGCUCGAAGUCUUCCUUUGAAAUUUUGUUUCCACCGUUUCCAAAGACGUUUGGAUACUUUAGUCACGCAAAACACCUGUCCCGCUGAGUGUGCCAACACAUGAUUUGGCUCGAGUAUUUCUUUCAGUCUCAAUGCCAAGAGAAAGAUUUGUGAGGAAAUAUGAUUGCAUGCGUGCCACUGUUAGAGGCUAUCAACAGAUAGUGUUUGUGUGGUGAUUUUGUAAGUUUGUGCGAGAUCUCUAAAUCAAACAAUUGAGACUUUGGUUCGGUUAAGUUAUUUUUUAUGCCUUAAUGACCGAGGACUUUUGGGUUUUCAA